GGUAGACCUGAUGCCGCACAAGAAAAAUGUCAACAAACUGAACAAACGGGAUGAUUUCUCUUCUAAAAGAUAACUGGAUAUUUUAUUAACAAUUGCUACUGAAGUGUGACAUAGAAAUUAAUCUCUCAAAGCUUUCUCGUCGGAUUUUUAGGAGAAAAUCAUGGAAACGAAAACUAAUAAGUACACUUUGGAAAUUGAGGACGACGACGAAUACGAUCUGAGUGAUGUGGACGAGCUUUUCAAAGUUCAGGACGUGGUUGGAUGGUACAACAAGGACCUGCACGGUAAUUACUGUGUGGACGAAAAGCAUGCCAAAUAUGUGUACCUGCCGGCCAACAUGAGCAGGGUCAACUUUGACCUUAAACGACUGCACAAUGAUGACAUCUGGAAGCCACAGGUUGAGAUGAAAGAGUCCAUUGACUCGAUUUUGCGGUGGGUCACCGAGAAUUGCAAAGACGAAGAAGGAAAACCCAAACGACCAGAGGCAGAUUUUGUUUGCUACCGAGGACUGCUGUACAGAGUAAUGUGUGUGCCCUACGAAAAUAAGGAGAGUCUCAAGAUUUGCGCCAUCAGGACCAAGGGCACCACUUACUUGUGCCAGUUUUUCACCGAGCAGAACCGCACGGACAAAUUGGCACAAGCAGAAAAUGCAGAUCUUGCAAAGUUUACAAAGUGGGGACACGUUUUUGAGCAUUACAUGGUUUCAGACGAGCCCGGAAAACAGCCAGACCCUAGCCAACCUAUGUCUGAGUACGAGGAGCUUAAUUGUGUAUACCGAUCGCAACUUGGGCCGCACAGUCUUGUCUACGGAGCUGAAAUUGACGGCUUAUCUAAAAAAGACGAUCUACAAAACCUUUUUAAUGCCAGGUUGAUGGAACUCAAGACCUGCCGCGAAAAUCCAAAUCCGUAUUCUUUUUCUAAGUACAAAUUGAUCAAAUGGUGGGCGCAGAGUAUUUUGGCCAAAAUCGACUCUGUAGUGGUUGGCUACAGAAAUGACGAAGGCUGCGUAAGAAGUUUGGAGGCAAUGAAAGUCAAGGAUAUUCCGAAAAAAGCAAAAGGAUGGAGUGCGCCAAAAAGUAUGGUUUUCCUAAAAGACUUUUUGAAUUUUGUGAAGCAUGUCAUGAGAGAUGCAACGGAAACAGACAUCUUCGAGUUUGUCUGGUAUCCGGGAGACAUGAACUACUCCGGACAAAAGCUGCCUUCUGGGAAUGAGUGCAACUUUUUUCCUGUCUGGUUUCAAGAGUGGCUAGCAUCAUUGCCAAAUUAGAUUUAUUUUAUUGUAAAUUUUAAUAUAUUUUAUUAUUUUAUUUUCAAUAUUUAUUUUAUCUAUCUUUGUAAUAAGAUUAAAAAUUACUUAUUGUCUAAUUCGCAGCUGUUCACUUGAAACUUUGCAACUUGUUUUCAUUUCAAUUUUUUCGUUUAAUAUAAUUUUGGGUUUUUUGUAUCAAAUAUAAAAAAACCCUGCUAAAUUCAUUAUUCUGUUGGCAAGUGUGACCAGAACAGAACCCUCACACCCCCAAAUAGCCCGAAUCACGCCCGUGACCAACAAGACCCGUGACUUUUAGCUUGAUAUAAACAUACAUAAAAAUAAUAAUUCCUGAAAUCUUUUCUGUAAUUAACUGAGAAAAUUUCUCUCGGAAUGGAAACGAAGUGGAUUUACACCUGAUGCCAAUUGGUGACAAAAAUAAAUACGAUUUGAGUGUUGUGGAUGAGCUGUUGAAAGUAAAAGACGUGGUUGGAUGGUACACUAGGAAUUGGGAUGGUGAUUUCUGCGUGGAUGAAAAGUAUGUGAAAUAUGUGCACCUGCCGCCAGACAUGGAUGAUGUCAACUUUGACCUGAACCGUACGCACCCCAAAGACAAAUGGAAGCCAUACGAUUGUACAUAUGAGUCAAUUGACUUGAUUUUGCAGUGGAUCAGGGCAAACUGCAAAGACCAAGAUGGAAAACCCAAAAGACCAGAGGUGGAUUUUGUUUGCAACAGAGGAGUGCUCAACAAAAUAAUGUGUAUAUGCCUUACGAAAAUCUGCAAAGUCUGGGAAUUCGCGCCAUAAGGACCAAGGGCACCACUUACUUUUGCCAGUUUUUCACUGAGCAGAAUCGCCACUUAAUAUCUGAACAUGCACAAAAUCCAGAUAAUAUCAAAUAUGCAAAGUGGAGCCACGUUUUUGAACGUUAUUUGGUGUCAAGUGACCUUGGAAAAAAACCUGAUCCAAGCCAGCCCAUUUCUGAUUAUGAAGGGUUCCACUGUGUGUACCGGUCUCAAAUUGGCGAGCACAGCCUGCUCUAUGGUGCCGAAAUUGACGGCUUGAGCAAUGUUGAUGAUUUGAAAAACCUGAAUAAAGCAAAGUUGGUGGAGCUCAAGGUCUGCAAAGAAAGUCUCGAUUUGCAAUCUUUUUCAAGUCCAUCCAGUGCAACCUGGGAAAUAUUUCAAGAUAUGAAGUGGAGGCUGACCUGAAUGCAAAAGGAAUUUUAGAUAAAAAAAAAGGCACAGACUUUUCAAGUGGUGGACGCAGGGUAUUUUGGCCAAAAUCGACUCUGUGGUGGUUGGCUACCGAAACGAAGAAGGCUUCAUUCGACACUUGGAGGAAUUAAAACUCGCAGAUAUGACAGAACGAGCAAAAUAUGGAAGGCGCCUAAGUGUGUUGUGUUUUCGAAGGAAUUUUUGGAAUUUCGCGAAGUAUGUCAUGAAGGAUGCAAUGGACACUGACGUCUACGAAUUUAAAUGGUAUCCGAAGGAAAAAAACGUAUCAGGCAUAAAACUGCAUCCUGAAAACAAUUGUAACUUUUUACCUGAGCAGUUCAAAGAGUGGCUAGCGUCUGCCUAACUGAACAACAAACUUUUACUCAAAUUCGUAAAAAAAAUUCUUAAAUCUGCAAAGUUGUAUUUAUUUUACAGUUAACAAAAAUAAAUUAA